UCGGCCUCGAUCAUGAGCCGUGAUUCACGAGGACCUUGUGCGUUUUUUCGCGGGGGAAAGUCGUGGGUUAUUAAAGGUAACGACAGCCGAAUAUAACGGAGAUGGAGCAUGGUAUAAGUGUAUUCUUCAGCUCCGGUUAUUACAUAAUUUUAAGCAAGACUAUUACCCGGUAAUAGGGAUAUUUAUUAAGUCACGAUUCUGUAUGUCUCACGGCGCCAACGAAGCGUAAUCUCAAUUAUGUCGGAGAACACUACGCUGUCGACGUUGUCGGUGGGCAUGGUCAGAUCAGCCUAUCGUUUAUUUAAAUCGCCAGUUGUCGUGGCAUUUGGUAAUCCACUAUUGGACAUCAUUGUUACCGUGGAGGAUGAUCACCUGUUUAAGAAAUUCGAUCUCAAAGAGGACGACGAACUCGAACUUCCCGAAGAGACGGUGCAGCAGCUCAUAUCGGAGCUCCCUCCAGAACUGAAACAAACCGUGAGUGCAGGCGGUUCUGUGCAAAAUACAAUGAGGAUCUUACAGUGGUUAUGCGCUGGACCAACCAGGCCUGCGAUCGGUAUUUAUUGUGGCGGUCUUGGAAUGGAUUUUCGUGGAUCAGUAUUAGAAAAUUUAGUUCGCCUGGCUGGAGUAAAUGCACGUUAUGCCGUGCAUCCAGAAUUACCUACAGGUGUUUGUGUUUCCUUGAUACAAGGUGCAACACGUAGUCUUGUUGCAAAUAUUGGAGCAGCUGGUGUUUACACCAUGGAAGAUCUGAAAAGGGAAGAGUUAUCUCUUGAUGGCGUGAAACUAAUUUAUAUAGAAGGGUUCUUUGUGAUCCACAGUCUGGACGUAGCCAGAGAACUCGAAAAGUUGGGUCGGGCGAAGGGUAUUCCAAUCGCGUUUAAUCUUAACGGAGCAUAUUUAUUUAAGGAACAUCAUGCAGCAAUAUGUGAAAUGGUGGGACUGGCCAGAAUCGUCUUCGGUAAUGCCCGAGAGAUGACUGCACUUGCACAAGCAUUAAACAUUAAUUACGACGAUGUAACCGAUAUUCCCUUCUUAUUAAACAACUUGAAGAGAGUUACAAUUGGUGUUUCUAGUGCGGCACGUAAAGAAUGGUAUUCAAACGAUAGCGUUUUUGUUAUGACCCAAGGUGGUUCCGCUCCUGCGAUCGUUGUAUGGGGCCAGGGACAGUGUACUCAGGUUCAGCCAGAGACGCUGAAAGUUCCAGUGGUAGAUACAACUGGUGCUGGCGAUGCUCUGGUUGCUGGAUUUCUAGCCGGUAUGUUAGCUGGGUGGACUCCAAAGUGUUGUCUGAAAUUUGGUUGUGAAGUAGCCGGUUUCAUAGUAACCAGACUUGGUGUGACUUUGCCGGACUCUGUCCCAGUCGAUCUUAAGCAAUAAUGGUGCCUCCCAGUAGAUAAAUGUUUAUUUAUUUUAACUAUCUAGGGAAACCUUUACUUUCUACCGAGCUCCACCACAGGUGAAAGUUAACGUGAUAUUGUACCUGUCUCCCGUCGAAUAAGCCUAGUACAAAAUAGAUACUUUAUUUAUCGUUAAUCGCCAAACACGUUUACGACGCGUCGCGCUACCUCGUACAAAUUUAGCCAUGUAGUAAAUUAUCUCACAUCGGAUGGCAUAAUAAUGUUGUUGCUUUCGUGCUGUUGAAGUAUUGACAAAGUUAUAUAUGUACUUAUGGAGGUACUCUACUUGAAAAUGAGAACUACAGAAUGAUAUAUUAUUUUAAAUAACAAAUAAAAAAAAAGUUAUUUCCUUUA